GUUACUGCUCCCUGCGGGCAGCUUUCCCAGGCAGCCAUCCCAGCUGGGGGCAGAGCAGGUGGAGGGACAGAGGGGACCCAGCCUCUCGGCCGGCUGGGGGGAUGGAGUGGCUGAGCCAGCGCUGCCUGCUGCUGCCCGCUGCCCAGGGCUGCCCCCGACCCAGCCGGGGCACCUUGCUGCUGGUGGUGACUCUGGCUUUGCUGAUGUACCCGAUGCUGAGGAGUCUCGCUCUGCAGCUGCACUCCGCUGUCACCGGCAGCUAUGUCCCUGGGACCCACUCCAUUGCCUUCAUCAACUGCCUCAACGAGCAGAUUGCCAAGGAUAUUGCCAGGGCCAUCAUGGAUAAGAAGCUGGCUGCCUACGUGAACAUCCUGCCGAAGAGCUCAGCCUUGUAUUUCUGGAAAGGGGAACUGGAAGAAUCCACUGAAAUACUACUGUUAGUGAAAACAAGGACAUCCAAAAUAGGCGAAUUGUCCAACUACGUCAGAUCCAUCCAUCCCUUUGAAAUUCCUGAAAUCAUCAGCCUGCCUAUUGACCAAGGAAACCCUCUCUACCUCAAAUGGAUAGAGGAAAGUGUCCCACCGGACUAAGAAGUGCAGAAAGCGCCUCGCUUUUGGGGAGACCAGGUGAAACCUGAAGCCACACCGGUCUCCCUGUACAGGCAGGAGUUACAUGAACGUGGGGAGGCAGCUUAUAGCUUCACGAGUUUGCUAUAACGCAGAAGUUUGGGAUUAGAAAUUGCAUUUGCACUCGAGACAUCCCCUCCUUGGCCUGACCCUGUGCUCCAGGGAGCACUGAGCAGCCCGGAGGUGACACAGGCUGAAGUGAGGAAGGGCUACAUCCACCUAGGACUGCUGCAGAGGAUACAGAGAUGCUCAUGUCAGGACACUGCAGCAUUUGGGGGCUGUCUCAGGCCACCAGCAGCAAAUGCUAGCUGGAAGCCAGGGGCUGGCAGCCCCUCCAGCGCCGUGCAUCCCCACAGCCAGCACCUGAAACCCUGCCUGGCCCUCUGCUCCCCUGCAGUGGCUGCUGCAGCAUCCUGCUCUGCUCUGCCUCCUGCUUCCCCAGCCCGCAGGCAGCAGGAUGUGGCCAGGCACCCUGCAAUGUGCCAGCUCAUGCCCUCUCCUGCUGUCAUGCAACAUGCUGGUUCGAGUCUUACAAAUUCCAAGGAAACAGCAAACUCGUGUUUUUUUCAAAAAAAAAAAAAGUGAGCAUUUACCAGGAGCUGCAAGCCGCGCAUGUGCUGACCCUGCCCUACCUGCCGAGCCGGGGAGAGCCAGGCUGAGCUGGGCAGCAUCCUCUGCCAGUUCAGGGAAACCAAGUGCUGGUGGGACCAGGGCAUCACCCAGCUGCGGGGCAUCACCCUGCAUCCCCUGCCCACACCGAGAUGGUGGCUUUCUACCCAGGCCAAGUUUAACCUUGGAAAGAAAUGCUCAUGUUGAUAUUUUAAUGGGCUAUAACUUAUGGAACAAUAUUGAGUUACUUAUGUGACUGAGAAGGGAAUAAACGGGAAAUUUUCUUAC